CCACCCUGCGCGCCGAGCGCACCCCGAUCCAGAUCCACCCAUCCUCCCUCCGGUCUCCGGCGGGCGCCCUCCUCCACGUCCUCACGCGCCUCCGGACGCCAGUGCGCGCGCAGUGAGCAUCAACAUCAACCCGCCUCUUCUCUCGUCGGACCGGCGCGCGCCAGGUGGCGGCGGAGGCGGCAGGCAUGAAGCGGGUGUCGUCGCACGUCUCGCUCGCCUCCGAGGCGGAGAUCAACCUCGACCUGUCGCGCCUCGUCAUCGACAAGCCCAGGUUCACGCUGGAGCGGAAGCGCUCCUUCGACGAGCAGUCGUGGAGCGAGCUCUCCCACCGCCAGAACGACGGCUUCGACAGCGUGCUUCAGUCGCCGGCAUUCCCGUCCGGCGGCUUCGACUCGCCCUUCUCCGUCGGCACGCACUUCGGCGGCCCGCACCCGCUCGUCAACGAGGCCUGGGAGGCGCUCAGGAAAUCGGUCGUCUACUUCCGGGAACAGCCCGUCGGCACCAUUGCUGCCGUCGAUCAUGCGUCGGAGGAAGUGCUCAACUAUGAUCAGGUUUUUGUGAGGGAUUUCGUUCCGAGCGCAUUGGCUUUUCUAAUGAACAAUGAGACUGACAUAGUGAAGAAUUUUCUCUUGAAAACUCUUCACCUUCAGAGCUCUGAGAAAAUGGUAGACCGAUUCAAGCUUGGAGCAGGAGCGAUGCCAGCAAGUUUCAAGGUGGACCGUAAUAAAAACAGAAACACUGAAACCUUAGUCGCUGAUUUUGGUGAGAGUGCAAUCGGUAGGGUGGCACCGGUUGACUCUGGAUUUUGGUGGAUCAUUCUCCUUCGGGCAUAUACAAAGUACACCGGAGAUGUUAGUUUGUCAGAAUCACCUGAAUGCCAGAAGUGCAUGAGGUUGAUACUGAAUCUCUGCUUAUCUGAAGGAUUUGAUACUUUUCCAACUCUGCUCUGCACAGAUGGCUGCUCAAUGAUUGAUCGUCGAAUGGGUAUAUAUGGUUAUCCCAUUGAGAUUCAAGCCCUAUUCUAUAUGGCAUUAAGAUGUGCUCUCCAAAUGCUCAAGCCAGAGGGCGAAGGGAAGGAUUUCAUAGAGAAGAUAGGGCAACGACUACAUGCACUAACCUACCACAUGAGGAAUUACUUCUGGCUAGAUUUUCACCAGCUGAAUAACAUAUACAGAUACAAAACAGAAGAGUAUUCCCACACUGCUGUGAACAAGUUCAAUGUAAUUCCAGAUUCCAUUCCUGAUUGGGUGUUUGAUUUCAUGCCAUGUCGAGGAGGCUACUUUCUUGGCAACGUCAGCCCUGCUAUGAUGGAUUUCCGGUGGUUUGCCCUUGGCAAUUGCAUUGCCAUUGUAUCAUCUCUAGCCACCCCAGAACAGUCAGUUGCUAUAAUGGAUCUGAUCGAGGAAAAGUGGGAUGAGCUAGUUGGUGAGAUGCCUCUGAAGAUAUGCUAUCCUGCUCUCGAGAAUCAUGAGUGGAGAAUUAUUACUGGAUGUGACCCCAAAAACACCCGGUGGAGUUACCACAAUGGAGGAUCUUGGCCAGUUCUUCUGUGGCUGCUGACAGCAGCCUGCAUAAAGACUGGUCGGCCACAAAUGGCAAAACGUGCCAUUGAGCUCGCAGAGUCAAGGCUGCUCAAGGACGGCUGGCCCGAGUAUUACGAUGGCAAGCUAGGAAGAUUCGUUGGCAAGCAGGCCAGGAAGUUCCAGACCUGGUCCAUUGCCGGUUACCUCGUCGCCCGCAUGAUGCUGGAGGACCCAUCGACACUGAUGAUGAUCUCCAUGGAGGAGGACCGCCCUGUGAAGCCGACCAUGCGGCGGUCAGCAUCAUGGAAUGCCUGAAUGCGUGGAUAGUUGUUUCUGAACCAAGGAAAUUCAGAAUCAGCUGUUAUACGGAUUUGUGAUUUGUUUGGACCACAAGAGUGCAGCCUGCAGCGUUGGUGUGAUUUGUUGGGACCACAAAGUUCAACAUUGAUUAUAGUUGGACUCUGUCAAUUAGGACAGAGUUUGUAUACCAUAGAGGAUCAUAGGAGUUGCACAAGAUUUUGCCAUGCCCUUUUGGUUUGUUUCAGAACAAUACUCAGGAUACUGUUCAGUUGAA